AUAGAUGCAGAAUAAUAUCUACAUGCAUUCUCUGAUUGAUACAAUUCAUAUCUGAUUGAUACAAUUUUACAACUAUUAUGAUGUCAUAAUUUAUUUCGUUUUUGAUAUAGAUUUUUUUGUUAUUCUUUAUUUAUUUUGUUUUUGAUACGGACUUUUAUUAUUUUAAUUUUGUAUUAUUUUAUUAUAUGAAUAAUUAAAUCAUAUUUUAAUUCAAAAUGUGUUGCUGUGGAUGUAGCGGAGGCGGUUGUUCAGCAUUAGAUAUGUGCUUUUCCAAUAUAUUUUACAUAUUUGAAAGAUUGGCUGCAUGCUGCGCUUUCACAGCAGUUGUCACAUGCAUCGUUCUUACCCUCACGGUGAUGCUUGGUAUGGGCGUCGGCCUAGGAUACAACUACUGCUUUGUCGACAUCAAAACGAAUGACUCUUUUGAUAAAGGAACCACUAGCAGUAGUGAAGAUAAUAAUAAAGACACAAUUUCAUCUAUUACCACUACUUCUACUACGGAACCAACAACAAUAACAUACGAAACAUCAUUAGAAUCAGAAUCAUUAAAUAUUCUAACGUCGUCAGAAUCUACAGAUAAUUUAAUACCAGCGCAGCGGCAUAGGAAAAAAGUGACUAGAUUAUAUUUUCUACCAAAAUCUACUAUAGUAAUGCCGCUGUACACUAAAUUGGAUUUAUUGGCACUAAUAAAAAAGUUUAGAGAAGAAAAGAGAAAUUUAACAUUAGAGCUAAUAUCGUUAUAGUAUUCUUUUUAAUCGUGGUUACAUGUUUGACUUUUUAUUUAUUUACA